AUGACGGACACACCGCGGUCAGAUCCCUUUGCCGCGACAAUCACCACUCCGGUCGCCGAACUCGAUGACCAUCGCUUUCAAGCAAUAUCUGUGCCUCCGCCGGACGCCACUAUGAGCGCUACCAAUCCCAACAGCCCACGCAAGGCAAACGCUAUUGGGGAGGCCCGGGCCGAACAGCCGAAUUUCUUUCAGCUGAAUGAGCUGCUCCGACAAGAGGGCAUGAAGUCCAGGGAUUUCGAGCAGGCAAUAGCAGACGAUGAUGCUAGCGUCAAUGGAUUCUCCCUAGAAGCAGAGAGAUACGGCAGACGAGGUUCUGCUGGUAGUCGUGUCCCCGGCUGCAGAAGGAACACCGUCCGGCGCCCCAACAGGGACCAGCCUGAAAAGGUCCCCAGGUCCAGAACAUCUUCCACCACGUCUCGCUCUAUGUCACCGCCCAAUUCCGUUGACGCUUUCGCCGAUCCCGUCCGCCGCCGCGAGAGAGCAGGAACCAUCAACAGCAUCUCUUCCGAUGUGCGGCUGGGUCUGACUCGGACGAUCUCUGGUGGUACUCACAUCAGACGCCCCACUUUCAGCGAAGGUAAAGACGGUAAUCUUGAUCCCGAAAUCGCGUCUUGUCACAGCUUCGUCGAGGAUGAUGUGUGCCUUCCGCAGCCAGAGAAGAGCGGCAAGACUUUCACCAUUGACUUCGAAGAACUGGAAGAGUUCGUUGCCAAAAUCCAAGAGCACACGCCAGUCACGCAUCCCUUGAAGCACAAGAAGAGCUCGCUCUCGGUCGCUUCGAAGCCUCGGAUCUUUGAUGACCUGCGGCCGAAGUCAGCAACCCCAACCAUUCCAAGGAUUGUCACCGAAGCUCCAACACCAGAUGAACAAAAGGCCGAGAAGAUCGAAACGGAAAGCUCAGAGCUGGACGAGACCUUUGCCGCGGUUCUGUCGUCCGAAUGCCUAGGUGGCCAGCUCGAGCCGCCGCAGAACCGGUGGACCUUUUUCUCGUCGAAUAUGGACGACACCGUUCAUGCGACUGAGCUCGGAGACCUUCUCAUGCCUGGCGAAAGCUUCCGCGACCUUUUCGAGCUCGAUCCCGAUGGCGGCGUUUGGUGGCUUGACAUGCUCCACCCCACGAAAGAGGAAGUCGAUGUUAUCUGCAAGGCUUUCGGAGUUCAUCCGCUUACGGCCGAGGAUAUUCGUGUUCAAGAGACUCGGGAGAAGGUGGAGCUCUUCAAAUCAUACUACUUCGUUUGCUUCCGGUCCUUCUACCAGAUGGACAAGACGAGCGAGGACUAUCUUGAGCCAGUCAACGUCUAUGCGGUUGUGUUUCGUGAAGGAAUCAUCACCUUCACGUUCAAUCAGAACCCGCACAUGGCGAAUGUGCGCAAGAGGCUGGCCAAGAUAAGCGACUACCACGGCUCUUUGAGUUCAGACUGGCUCUGCUAUGCCCUGAUCGAUGACAUUGUCGACACCUUCGCCCACCCAAUCCGCGACAUCGAGCACCAAACCGACAGCAUCGAAGACCAAGUCUUCACCGCGCGCGCCGAAGACUCGCGCACCAUCCUGCGCAGCAUCGGCGACUGCCGCAAAAAGGUAAUGUCGCUGCUGCGCCUGCUGGGCGGGAAAGCAGACGUCAUCAAGGGUUUCGCGAAACGCUGCAACGAGCAGUACAGCGUCGCGCCCCGCGGAGAUGUCGGGCUGUACCUCAGCGAUAUUCAGGAUCAUGUGGUGACGAUGAUGGGGAAUCUGGGCCACUUUGAGAAGAUGCUGAGCCGCAGCCAUUCUAACUACUUGGCGCAGAUCCAAGUGGACAACUUGACCCAAGGCAAUGCCGUCAACGUGACGCUGGGGAAGGUGACGCUCAUCGCUACGGUACUGGUCCCACUGAAUCUGAUAUGCGGCUUGUUUGGCAUGAAUGUUCCGAUCCCGGGAGGCGAAAGCACGGAUCUACGUUGGUUUUUCGGCAUUUUAGGUGUCAUCAUUGGCUUUGUUACUGUGUGUUUGGUUGUUGCGAAGAGGAUGAAGUUUAUUUGA